AUGGCAGCAAAUAAGAUCGAAGUACUUUUAUUAGGUAUAGCUCAAGAUGGUGGUAUGGCUCAAAUACGUUGUCAAUGUAAAAACUGUAGUUCAGUUCGUAAUGGUACACUAUCUCAACAAUAUACUGUUAGUUUAGCUAUUAUUGAUAGAACAACAAAUCAAAUAUGGCUUAUUGAUUGUUCACCAGAUUUUCGAAAUCAAUAUACGAUGUUACAAAAUCAUUUUGAAUCAAAUCAAUUAUUUAAAUUAGAAGGAAUCUUUUUAACUCAUUUACAUAUGGGACAUUAUAUUGGUCUAUUUCAAUUUGGACGUGAAACAAUGGAUUGGAAAGGUUUAAAAAUUUAUGGUACUGAAAGUGUUUGUCAAUUUUUUCGAACUAAUCAACCAUGGCGUACAUAUAUUGAAAUAGGAAACUUUAUUUUAAAUCCAAUAAUACCACAAACUGAAAUUCAACUUUCAUCAAAUUUAUUUAUUAAACCUCAAUUAGUUCCACAUCGAGCAGAAUUUAGUGAUGCUGUUGGUUAUUUUGUUCGUGGACCAUUGCGAACUAUUUUCUAUUGUCCAGAUGUUGAUAGUUGGGAUCGUGGUUGGUUAAAUGAAAAUGGUCUAUUACCUAUUGAUAUUGUUAAAAAUGUUGAUCAAGCAUUUCUUGAUGCAACUUUUUUUAGUGCUGAUGAAUUACCUAAUCGAAAAAUUAAUGAAAUUCCACAUCCAACUGUAUUACAAACAUUAGAAAAAUUUCAAGGAUUAGAAAAGAAAAUUACAUUAAUACAUCUUAAUCAUUCAAAUCCCUUAUAUGAUGCACAAAGUAAGCAGACAGAACAGUGUAAUAAAGCUGGCAUUAAUAUCGGCAUACAAGGACAUGUUUAUGAAAUAUAA